AAUUAUAAGUUUUACGAAUAUCUACAAAACUAUAUAAACACUAUUGUUUAAUUGUUAUUAUUUUCUCAAAAUUAUCGAUUAGUUUAAGAAUAUUAAGGAUGAAGCCAAAACAUGACCAAGAAUAAUAUGUGACAUUAAUAUGGUUAGAGCUUGCUGUGUCCUUGGAUGCCCAUCGGGAGUAAAAGUUCCCUCACAUCGUUUUCCAGGAAAUCCGAAAAUGUUUAUAGCUUGGAAAAUUGCUUUACCAUCGCUUAAAGGAAAUAUAUUAAACGAUGAAGAAUUAAAAAAAUGUAUGGUAUGUUACUUGCAUUUCAAAGAUACUGAUUAUGUUACAAUGGAUUAUAAGUAUAGAAAACUUAGGCCAGAUAUUGUUCCAAGUAUGAAUUUAAUGUCUACAAACAUUAAUCUUUUAAAAGAACAAGAAGACAAAAAUAUUAUGGAGUUUCAACAUAGCCAGGAAGUCGGAAUUUUGAAGGACGAUGGAAAUUGGAAUGUGAGAUCAUCGUUAUCGUACCAUCGAGAAUUAAAUUUAUCGAAUGAAAUAGAACUUAGACCUAAAUCAACAUGUUUCUACGACAUAAUCUGUAAACUAAGAAAAAAACAACACACGCUGUUCAAGCAAAUGUUAUUGUUCAGAUGGAAGUUAAAGCAAGCCGAAAAAAAAUAUACACAACAUAAAAACACUCAGUCUUUGAUAUCCAAAUUAUCACAUACGCAGAAACAAUUUAUACGACUUAAACUACGUGUUGUUAGGUACAAACCAAAGAUUUUAAAGAUGUUAUGUCGUAGUAAUAGAAAAGUAAAAGCUUUAGCUUGUAAUAUUUCGAAGCAAAAAAAACAAAAUAAUGAACACACAAACAAAGACAUUUUUUAAGACGAAACAUGUAUCGUUGAAUAAUAAAUUACAAUUUAAAUAAUUUGGAAUUUGAUGUUAACUACAAGAAUGAACUACAAAAAGUGAUACGUGAAUGUUUUUGUUGACAGAAGUAACGGCGUUACAAAUGAACACAUAUUAUGCAAUACUAAAAUCGAGGAGUAGGAGAAUGAUUGAACGUUUACAAAUAAUAAAUUCAAACAAUUAUAAGUAAAUAA